AUGGGGCCCCCGGGCAAUAGGGGAUCAUGGGGCCCCUAUGUCCUUGCCCAAACUCAAAAAAGCCUAUGAAAAAGGUACCAGGGGCAUCUCAUGGGGCCCCCUACUGACCCCGGGCCCUCGGGCAGUGCCUGAGUGGCUAAAUAGUCAGUCCACCCCUGCAUCUGUGUUAUUUGCUACUCUGACCUCUGUGUUACUUACAUCUGACCCUUGGACUGUUACUACUGACUCCUGUGUUACUUAAUACUCUGACCUCUGGGCUCUGUGUUACUUACUACUGACUCCUUCACUCUGAGUUACAUAC